GACCAAUUCUGUAAACUUCGCCCUGUCGACUGAGUCAAUACAUGUACCUGUCACCACUUUCUGCUCUUAGUUUUGGGCCAGAAAAACACAACUCUGGUCACUAUGGCUUUAAAGUGGACACUCAUUUGGCUUUGCUCAUUUGCAGGUAAUGUCAAGGUUUCACUGGAUAUUUGUGCCUCUCUUUUUCAUGUAUAUUUUUCCGUGAAAGAGAAGGAAUAGACUGAGGCAAAAAGGUCAAGAUGGAUAAAAUGUGUGUUUUUUCACAGCCUUUGCUUUCACUGCAUCUGAUCAUAAUGAGACAGAAUACCAAGGCUGCAACUUAACACCUGAGUUCUUUGAGCUACUACCAGCAUUUCUCAAGGUAAAGCAAUGAAGAUGCAACGAAGCUGCAAGUGUGCGUCAGAAUUUUUGUGUUCUCUGCUUUUAUUUUGCUUUGGUGUCAGAUGAGGAAAACCAACAUUGUGUUUGAUUUUAACAAACAGAAGACAGCUAGGUGUGGUGAAAACCUGAGUGUAGAGGAGACAUUCUUACUGCUUGUCUACAUGAAGAAUGCGACCGACGCUCUGCACAGACAACAGCUUAAAGGUAGGAGGACAGACAACCCACAGAUGUGUUUGUGUGAGCUCUGUAAGUGUAUAAACAAGUGUGAGGAAAGUUUUUUUUGUGAGUUAAGACCAAGCAUUUUAACCAAACCCUACACUUAAAAUGUUGAGGAGGUGGUGCAGAGUAAAGAACAUGAUAAAGGGAUGAUAUAACACAUUGUGCAAAGCUGAAAAAUCAAGGAAUAUUGAUUUAAAUAAGUCCUUUAAAUUAAUGCACUGCAGUUACCCACCAUGUUUCUGAUUUGUCUCAGUAUUUGUUUGAACAGAGACUAAAAAGAAAAUGUACUUAAAGUAUUAAUGCCAGGCAUAAGGAGCUUUGCAAGACACAGUUUUAUCUCCUUUUUCAUUCAAUGAUGACUAAAGGCACAGUUUUGGCAUCCUGUCAUCCUCAGAAGACGCCACUCUGGUAUUGACCUUGCCUGUAAAACAUUCAAAGCUGUAGAAAGUCUGUUUCACCUCCCUUCCUGUUGCAUUAGAGAGAGGGGUCCCUGCGAUCCAAGUCCAGCAAAAGAUUGAGUUCUAACACUUUAUCUCUAAAGAUCCAUGGAUUUAAUCUACAAAAGCUGUGUGAUCUCACCAAAGUUGUUCACGAUCCCUGAGGGCAGGGUUUGGAACUUUUCUCUCCUCUAAAUGAGAUCAAAUCCUUUAUAAGUUGGUGUAAUGGAAACCUUUAAGCUGAUAUUGAUUUCAAAUUAAAAUAAGGGAGGAGGUUUCCUCAGUUAAAAAAAGGGUCAGCAAAUUCAGAUUCACCAAUUAUACAAAUAUCUUACUGUCUUCUUUGACAGUCAGUUGAACCUGAAAAGCGACACUGAGGUAGGUUUUAAUACGGCUCAGUCAAGAGACGAAUAAAGUUUUCAAAUCUAAUCUCUCUCUGUAUGUAACAGAACAGAGUCGCCAAACACAACGGCAGUCGUUUUGAACAAAGACAAAAGUUGCUGAGGAUCGGUAAAGUCUCCGAAGCAGUUAACUUGGAAAAUGCUUUGGUAGAUGUUUUAUUUUUCAAGAUCGCUGAUUCGCUUGUUUAGCUGUCAAUCAAAAAAGGAUUUCGCCUCAGACAGCUCAUCCAAUCAUGGAUGCAGAAGCUCGGAGUCUGGGAGAAAGUCGGGACCGCCCUCUCGCCAUAGAACUCCAGAGACGCCGAGCGUCCGAUGGGCGGGACAAAGCCCAGCAUUUAUCCAAUGAGCGUCUAGUUUCGCUGCUGGAACAACCCACUUUGAGCUUCCACACUGAAGUCAGCAGACGCUGAGCGUCCGGCUGUGUGAAGCGCUGAGUCUCCAGACCUUUCUCCAAUUGAGCUUGUGCGGGAUGAAUUGGAUCGAUCAGUCAGAAAAACGCGUCCCAUGAAUCAACAGUCUCAUUUUAAUGGACGUAACCAAGCUUGGAAUGCAAUCCCUGGAACAUACCUUAAAAAACUUGUGGAAGGAAUGCCUGGUAUAUGCCAAGCUGUUGUUGGAGCCAGAGGAGGUUACUUUGAAGAAAGCAAAGUCUAAGCAACAAUAACUCAAAUACCUAAGAAUUAUAGUCAAAAUGUCUUCUGAUAAGUUACUCUUUACACAAUAGUCGUGUUUAUUGUGUUGCAAAUUAUAAAUAUGAAACUAUAAUCUUUUUUUGUACAAAUCUGAUCUCGCUUCCAAACUUUUGGCCUGUAGUGUAUAUAUAUUCUCAACUCAAGAAUAAAUCUCAAGACUGUUCCAAAAAAUAUUUUGAUUGCUCCACUAUUCAAAAGUUUGUGUUUGAGGAUACAAGUGAUCUUGUGUAUAAAAUUUCUCUCAGGUGAAAAUGAUCAAAUGAUAGCUGUGUAAUUUUUGAGACUAUAAAUGAUGCAAAACAAACAAAAAAAAAAAGAUGAAUAUUCAUUACACAACUGAACACCAAUGUUUGAGCUUCAGAGCUCAAAAAUUAAUGCUAGGAUAACCUGAAAUCUUAUUAUAGCAGCCAUGUGUCUGGGCAUGCUCUCCACCAGUCUUUCACAUUUCCAUAGGGAGACAUUUUGACACCCCUGUGAUGCAAGAACUCAAGCAGACUUGUCAGGUGAUCACCAAAUCAGUCCCUCCAUAAAUAGAACAUGAUGUUCCUGUGAGUUAUAAAUUCAGCAGACACCAAACAAAUUCAGAAUGUUAAAGCUCAGCCACAGCUACUGGGAGGUGAUUUUACCCAGUUAUGAUGAUGCCUCUUUUUGACUUACAAAAGCAAAUAAAACCAUUAGAGAGAGAGAUUGACAGCUCUACAUGAUCAUUUCUAAUGUCUGUAACCACUGUCAGGGUAACAGAAGAGGCUGUUUACAACACAGUGAGGAAAACCACAACUUUUUCCUCUUCAAAUUUGCAUGAUGAGUGACCAUUAAAAGAAUGCAAGGUGAUUUUUAUUUUUCAAACACAUAACAUGCACUUGCACUGCACAAGCGCUGCAAAUCAACACAAACAGGGAGUUCCUCAUGGGAAGAGCCAGAGCAUGUCAACAGGCAAAGCAGGCAGUUGCUUGGGGCCCCUGAGGGCUGACAAGCCUUACUUCCCAAAAAUGUCCUGAAAUAUUGCAAAAAAAAAAAAAAAAAAAACAACCUAGUGGUCAAAUUGCAAUGACAUCUUAGACGGAUACCCCCCAAAAGGAGCUGUUCCAUGACCUAAGUCUAUCUUUACUGAAGUGUGUCAAUACAAGUACCUUAAAAAUCAGCCAUAAAGUGAAGCUAUUUAUCAGGGAGUGAGAAAAGAAAGAGAAGAAAAGAGAAAGAAACAAGGAGAAAGCAAGACAGCGCUUCGUGGAGCAGAUAGCUAAGUGUGGCAAACACUUUAAUGUUAGGUGCAAGGCUGGCUGUUAAUUGUUUGGUAGGUAGUUAGCUAGCAGAGCAGGAGAUGUUAGCCUGGGGUUCUGGGAAAUUUCACAAAAGUAACUAGAACACUGGUAAAGGAGAGAUUUUGACAGGAGAUAACAGCAAACCCAGACAACAGCUUUCACUAUUAAUGAAAGUUGAGUCUUAACCAGCCUAACUCUUACACUAUUGAUGCUUUGACAUCGAGUCAUGGAAGCUCUAAGCAGAACUACAAUUUUAAGGAUAGCAUUUUAAAAAAAGGAAAAUAUUAUCUGAUAUGUAUUUUCCUUUACUUAAAGAGGACAGUUAAGAAUCUUUGUUUUCUCAGUUUUAAGUGAAUGAAUUCAUGAAUCGAUAAAUGCAUAAAUUAAAGAGUAAUAUUCUUGUCUUCUGCCCUGAUACCCCUCCUUAACACAAAAGCUACAGCAGUUAAUAACUUCAAGGACUAAAGAACACUGACUUAAUGAAAACGAUUCCCUUAGUAGCUGCAGAGAGAAAGAGAGUUCAUAAAUAGCAGAGGAGUCACCACAUUUAUUCUACUUGAUGAGGUACUGACUGAAGUGAAACUUCCUCAAAAACAGAAACAUUUUCUUCUGUUUAAGAUGCUCUGAUCAUCGACAAAGAUCUUUUUUUUUUGGGGCAUAGUUUCUGCAGAUUCACUCUUUGCAGCUUUUCAUACAUACACGAAGUAUUCAGAUUAAGGAAAUUAAAGCCCAAGUAAAAGGCUGCAAACUGAGACAACAGUCAGCAUAGACGUACACCUGACAUACGGAAUCUUUUGUCUCUUCUCAUCAAUGAUUUAUAGGAUGUCAAGGAGCUGAGCCAAAGCAAUGUCCUGAUGCUGAAGUCCCCCAGAAUGGAGGAUUAGCUUGCGUCACUGUUGCCCACAAGAGAUACUGCAAACCUUUGUGCAACGAUGUAAGUGAAACACGCAACUCUUCAACAUGUAUGGGUCAGAAGAGGCCUUUUCUAAAUAGAUCACAAAUUUGCAUAAACCCUAAACUUACCUCUGUCUUUCCCUCAGGGUUAUGAUUUUGCUUUCAUGAGGAGGAGUCGUGUGUAUGAUGAAUGCAGCGAGCAGACUGGGUAUAAAUGGAGUACUCAGUACGUAGGAGGAAACAGACUGGCUGUGUGCAAUGGUAAAGCUGAUUUAUCAGAUAACAGAGUUUUUUGUAAAUUUGUUCCUGCGGUCAUUUCUGCGGUGAACAUCAGCUCCAGUCUCCUUCAUGUGAACUCUUGAUUUUCUCAGUGCAGUUAUAUUUGAUUACUUUUUAAUGUUCUAAACUGUCUGUGCAUGAAAGAAAGCACAUUAUAUAUUUAUACAGUGGCACUUCAUGCAAGAUGUUAGGUUAAAAAGUUACACUUAACUUUUUCACUUUCUGUUUCUAGAAGCAUCCAUGCAAGUUUCUGGGGCAGCAACGGCCUAUUUUCCUAAAGACUGCCUUACAACCAUGAGCAGCCGAGAGUUGCCGAGGAAAGUUAUGGAACAUUUUACCUCUGAGCUCAAAAAUCAGGGCAUACAGGGAGAGCCAGAGAAUCCGUGUCUAGUCUGUGGAGGCCCGUGAGUCUUAAGAAGUGUGGAAAAAGUCCUUCUUUGUUGCAUUAAAUCAACAGAGCUUUGUAAAAAGAGUGAAAUACAUAUAUGUAUAAACCUUACAAGGACAAUAAAUACAACAAAACCUCCAUUGGAUUUUUCAUUGGGUGUUAACUCAUUCAGUACCAAUAAUGGAUUUGGACAGAUUUGUUUAUUUGCCCUGAGUGCCAUUGGCGGAUUUUGACAGAUUUUUUUGUUUUCCGCCAGAGGGUGCUCCUACCCAACAUGCAACUAAGUUUGGUGUCGUUCUGAAUGCAAAAAAGCCGACAAAGAUGUCAUAACUGUUUACAAUAACAAAAACAAGUGCUUGCCAGUGAGAACUGUGCCAAUAAGCCUAGUUGUGGAGUGUUUUUUCUCCAGGAGGAGAGUAGGAAAAUGCUGAAGUCAUUUGCCAAGAGCUAACGGUCUCGGUGCAUUGUGGGCGCUAUGUCUUUGAAUCCAGUGGAGAUCCCAGUAUCGAACCUUUACAUCAUCAGCCGACAAUCAAAGAAACAAUUUUCGGGAUGUCGUUGUGCCGGUACUGGUGAGCGAGACUGAGCCUGAAUUUAGCAACAAGUCCUAGCAAGCAGUCGCAGCGUCAGGUUCUCAAGAGCCAAUACGACUCCCAGCCCUCAUAAAGUGACCUAUCACUGUCGGAACCAGAGAGUGUUGAGGAGUGGUGUCCGAGGAGGGAGGACCUUGAUGCCACUGGUAAAGUAGUUUGAAGUGAGAUGAAAUAGAUGAUCAGAGUUCUGCUGCUUGAAAGUCACUCUUUCGUAAAAAUGUGUUUUUCCCAGGUUUCUAUUUCCAGAUCGGCAAUGAUGAUAUGACCACGCUGAAUUGAGCAGGCAAUAACUAAACACAGGAGUGGACUAGAGACUAACUUUUUUUCUUGAAAAAGAAGAGAAUCACCCCUUUCUUUUGAGAUAUUGCACUUAAAUCUAGUCCAAGCACAAGAUAUUCUGUGGGUCCUGAAAGACACUUAAAUUUCUAUUGCGGUCAAUGGUGGCACUGGGUAAAAAUUGCAUACAUGGACUUGGUACUGAACGAGUUAAGAUAAGAGUUUGUUUUUCAAUGUUCAGCUCCUGAGAGGCAGUUAGUUUUUAGUAUUGUCUGCCUUUAACUGUUGUUGCCUUUAAAACCACUCAAGUCACACUUGUAUCGAAUACUUUGGCCACCCAGCAGUUCAGUGAGGUUCUCUGAGUGAAAAAAAACAAACAUGAAACAAUACCCAGGCUGACUGAGAAACAUUUGGUAGUCUUGUAUUUUUUGUUCUGUGACAAAAAUAAAAGUUUAAUAGAAGGGAAGCUAGAGUUCAGCUUAUACUAUCAAUCUCAAGUGUCUGUACACUAGAGUCAUUUAUUCUGAAUGCAUUAAGCGCCUCUUUUAAAAAGCCCAAGUAUUCCAGUAAUAACUAAAAAACCCGCCACUUGCAUAACUGCAUUUUAACUGCUGUACAGAGUAAACAGUGUUUUUUUCCUUGGUAAACUGAACUUAGUAGAAGUUUUCAUAACCAUCUUGGGAAAUUCUUAAUUUAGCAUUUUUGCCUCUCCCAUCUUCUGGUGGUAGAAACUAUUGCAAAGUUAAAGUUUUAAUUUUGCUACUUUAGAAAACAAACUAGCAAAGAGAUCCUAGCUAACAUCAGCUGUUGUCAAACAUUAGGUUCAACUGCGACCAUGAGUGUAGGCAAUAGUCUUUAAUCUUGAGGUAGAUAUCCUAGACGGUUUUCUCUGUCCCAUUUUCUUUUUCACUGAUUGUGAAUCAAAUGGUAACUGUGUAUGAUUAAUGUCCAGCUGUGUUGGAAACUAGGAAAAAACUCAAGAAACUAGUAAAGACAUUUAAUACAUUCAAAGCCAAGAGUAAAAGAGACAUCAACCAAAUUGAAGACAACAGACUUGAGACAGCUACAAGGAGCACGGUACUGGCUUUGGCAGUGUAACAAGACUGGUUGAAUAAAAAGGAAGAAUUAAAAUUGGGGUCCUUUAAACAGGGGCUGUUUUUUUCUGCAUAAAAAUAACAAUAAAUAAUGAUUUUGGAAUAUUUUAUAUUGCUCAUGUUAUUAUGAUUUACAAAUGGGUAAACAGCAGCACAGUAAAGAGCAAUGAACGAUUUCAGUUAACCUUCCUAUCCUGCAUGGUGUCAAAAAAAGGGCCACCAUGAGAAAAUGGUUAAUAAGGUAGAAUGAUUAAUUGCGCCUCAUGGAUAAUGGUCUUUAUUUCGGGACCUUAGGUGUGUCCAGGAAAUAUUCAACACACAGCCGACUUUUCUGUAGCUGCUCAUUUUAGACUAAGACCUGAGAUUUAAGAAUGAGAGCUAGAAUAAUACAAUAGUGCGCUCACAUGCUGACAGCGCUUAAAUUGAUGAAUAAUAAAGAUUUUAUCUCUUUGCUCU